UGUUGCUGAAAUUGUUACCCUGGGGUUGGCUGACUUCUUGCUCAUGUACUUCUGUCCCACCAUGCAAUGGAAUAGUGACAUAGUGUAUCACAGCUGCUCAGCACUGGAGAAUGGAAUCUUCCUAUGAUGAAAAGAUUGCUGAUCAGAGUAGAAUCUGGUGUAAAUGACUGCUGCUGCCUCCCAAGAUAACCUGCUCAGUCAGCUGGAGCCCCCUGUGGACAGCUGUCUCUCUCAGCUGAUGGAAAACUGCUACUAACCACUGAAUGGAAGAGAGUGGAGCAACAACCACACUAGUAGCUGCAGCAGUAGCAGUAAUAGCAGCAGCAUCUGAGGUCUCUAUUGUUCCUUGGUGUUAAACAGUUUUCCCUUUUCAGCUGACAUGCACAAUAGCUGGGAAGAGGUUUCCAUUCUGCCCUCUCUAUGAAGAAAUUCUGAAGGGGAGAAAAUUACUCAAACAAGGGUUACCCUUUGUGCUGCAGAUUUUGACACUAAAGCAGCCUUCUGAAGGCAUGGGGCUGAGAAAGGGAGGCACAGCUUUAUUCGGUGGUCCAAGGGCUUCUGGUGUUUCAAUCCGUAGUAUUGGAGUUCUUGUGGUUCUUCUGUCUGGAAUCUGGGAAGCUAAAGCACAAAGUGAAUUUGAAACUUCAUCUGUAUAUUUGUGGAAGACUGGUCCAUGGGGAAGAUGUAUGGGAGAUGAAUGUGGUCCAGGUGGUAUCCAUACACGGGCAGUAUGGUGUGCUCACGUGGAAGGAUGGACAACACUGCCCACAAAUUGUAAACAGACAGAGAGGCCUGAGAACCAACAGAACUGUUUCAGGGUUUGUGACUGGCACAAAGAACUGUAUGAUUGGCAGUUGGGCAAUUGGAAUCAGUGCCAGCCAGUUAUUUCAAGGAAUCUUGAAAAACCAGUGGAAUGCAUCAAAGGAGAAGAAGGAAUCCAGAUGAGAGACGUAACUUGUGUCCAAAAAUCAAAUGGGGUUUCUGCUGAGGAUGUCAUAUGCGAGUACUUUGAGCCAAAGCCACGCCUGGAACAGGCAUGCCUCAUCCCUUGCCGUCAGGACUGUAUUGUGGUAGAGUUCUCCCCCUGGUCAGAAUGUUCCAAGACCUGUGGCAAUGGGCUUCAGCAUCGAACUCGUCACAUUGUUGCUCCACCUCAGUUUGGUGGCUCUGCCUGCCCUAACCUGACUGAAUUUCAGAUCUGUCACUCUAUCCCAUGUAUUAUUGAAGAAAGCAUGCAUAGCCUGAAUGUGGGAUCCUGGAGUACCUGCUCAGUGCCCCACUCAAGACAUAUAAGGCAAGCAAGGAAACGAGGGAAGAACAAAGAAAAGGAGAAGGACAGAGAAAAAGGAGUACGGGAUCCUGAAGCUCGGGAGCUUAUUAAGAAAAAGAGGAAUCGAAAUAGACAGAACAGACAAGAGAACAAAUAUUGGGACAUACAGAUUGGAUAUCAGACCCGGCAGGUUACAUGUACUCACAAAAAUGGAAAAACUGCUGCCUUGAGCUUUUGCCAACAAGACAAAUUGCCAAUUACCUUCCAGUCCUGUGUGAUCACUAAGGAGUGCCAGGUGUCGGAGUGGUCUGAGUGGAGCCCCUGUUCCAAAACAUGUUUUGAUAUGACAUCCCCUAAAGGAAAUCGUACAAGAACACGGACCAUUAAGCAGUUUCCUAUUGGCAGUGAAAGUGAAUGCCCAGAACUAGAAGAAACAGAGCAAUGUAGCUCUCAAGGAGAUGGUGUGGCACCGUGUGUUACAUAUGGCUGGAGAACCACAGAGUGGACAGAAUGUCGUGUUGACCCUUUACUUAGCCAACAGGACAAAAGACGAGGGAAUCAGACAGCUCUGUGUGGAGGUGGAAUUCAAACCCGUGAGGUGUACUGUGUGCAAGCUAAUGAAAAUCUCCUCUCCUAUUUAAAUACCCUCAAGGAAAAAGAAGAAAGUCAGUCACAGAGCACGUCGAAGUCUAGUGCUGCACCACUUCUAUCAAUCACUUUUGAAAUAACAGCUUCCAAGCCUGUGGAUCGGAAACUGUGCACAGGACCUGUACCUAGCACCACCCAAUUGUGCCAUAUCCCUUGUCCAAUAGAAUGUGAAGUGUCCGCUUGGUCAGCUUGGGGACCAUGCACCUAUGAAAGCUGUGAAGACCAGCAAGCCAAAAAGGGUUUUAAAUUAAGGAAGCGGUCCAUCACAAAUGAACCCACAGGAGGCACUGGAGGGACAGGAAAUUGCCCUCAUCUGCUUGAAGCUAUCCCAUGUGAGGAACCUUCUUGCUAUGACUGGCGAAUAGUGAGACUAGAAGAGUGCAUACCAGACAAUGAGAAGCAGAGUGGGCCUGGCACUCAAGUUCCAGAGGUGGUCUGUAUCAACAGUGAUGGAGAAGAGGUUGACAGACAGCUGUGUAGAGAUGCUAUCUAUCCAAUUCCCAUUGUCUGUGAAGUUCCAUGCCCAAAGGAUUGUGUAAUCAGCAUGUGGUCUGGAUGGUCCUCCUGCUCUCACACCUGCUCAGGCAAAACCACAGAAGGAAAACAGAUGCGAGCCCGCUCUAUUCUGGCAUAUGCAGGUGAAGGAGGCAUUCAGUGCCCAAACAGUAGUGCACUUCAGGAAGCACGUAGCUGUAAUGAACACCCUUGCACUGUGUACCACUGGCAGACUGGGCCCUGGGGCCAGUGUAUAGAAGAUGUCUCUGUGUCCACUUUCAACUCAUCUACCAGUUGGAAUGGGGAGGCCACCUGUGCUGUUGGAAUGCAAACAAGAAAAGUCAUCUGUGUGAGGGUCAACGUGGGACAAGUGGGACCAAAAAAAUGUCCUGAAAGCCUUCGACCAGAAACGGUGAGGCCUUGUUUGCUUCCUUGUAGGAAAGACUGUAUUGUGACUCCAUACAGUGAUUGGACAUUGUGUUCUUCCCCAUGUCAAGAAGGGGAUGUCACAAUAAAGAAACAAUCUCGCCAUCGAGUCAUCCUCCAGCUCCCUGCAAAUGGUGGCCGUGACUGCCCAGAUACGUUAUAUGAGGAAAAAGAAUGUGAGGCUCCUCCUGUGUGCUAUACUUACAGGUGGAAGACCCACAAAUGGCGCAGAUGCCAACUGGUACCAUGGUAUGUUCGUCAGGACAGCCCAGGUGCCCAUGAGACAUGUGGCCCUGGACUACAAGCAAGAGCAAUUACUUGUCGCAGACAAGAUGGAGGACCCGCUGACAUCAGUGAGUGCCUUAAAUAUGCAGGCCCUUUGCCAACAUUAACACAGGCCUGCCAAAUUCCUUGCCAAGAUGACUGUCAGUUCACAAUCUGGUCAAAGUUUUCUUCCUGCAAUGGGGACUGUGGAGCAGUCAGGACAAGAAAGCGCUCUCUUGUUGGAAAAAGUAAGAAGCGGGACAAAUGCAAAAAUUCCCAGUUGUAUCCUCUGAUCGAGACUCAGUAUUGUCCUUGUGACAAGUACAAUGCUCAACCUGUGGGGAACUGGUCAGACUGCAUUUUACCAGAGGGCAAAGUGGAAGUAUUACUCGGAAUGAAAGUACAAGGAGAUAUCAAGGAAUGUGGGCAAGGCUAUCGUUACCAGGCCAUGGCAUGCUAUGAUCAAAACAGUCGGCUUGUGGAAACAGCACGAUGCAACAGUCAUGGUUACAUCGAGGAAGCCUGCAUUAUUCCAUGCCCCUCAGACUGCAAGCUCAGUGAAUGGUCCAACUGGUCUCGCUGUAGUAAAUCCUGUGGGAGUGGGGUAAAGGUUAGGUCUAAAUGGCUCCGUGAAAAACCCUACAAUGGUGGAAGACCCUGCCCCAAGUUGGAUCAUGUCAAUCAGGCUCAGGUAUAUGAGGUGGUCCCAUGCCACAGCGACUGCAGCCAGUACAUAUGGGUUACAGAACCCUGGAGCGUCUGCAAAGUGACCAAUGUUGACUUAAAGGAGAACUGUGGAGAAGGUGUGCAAACCAGGAAAGUGAGAUGCAUGCAAAACACCGUGGAUGGUCCUUCUGACACUGUUGAGGACUACCUGUGUGACCCUGAAGAGAUGCCUCUUGGUGCUAGAAGAUGCACAUUGCCAUGCCCUGAAGACUGUGUUAUGUCUGAAUGGGGCCAGUGGUCUAGAUGUUCCUUGCCCUGCAAUGGAAGUAAUGUGCGUGAAAGGUCAGCGGAGCCUCUAAGACAACCUGAUGAAGGAAAGGCUUGUCCUCCUUCCACUGAGACAGAACCUUGCAGUCUGAACAAAAACUGUUACCACUAUGAUUACAAUGUGACAGACUGGAGUACGUGUCAGCUCAGUGAGAAGGCAGUCUGUGGUAAUGGCAUCAGAACAAGAAUGCUAGAUUGUGUUCGCAGUGAUGGCAAAUCAGUUGACCUGAAGUAUUGUGAAGUGCUUGGCUUGGAGAAGACGUGGCAGAUGAAUACCUCCUGUGUGGUGGAAUGUCCAUUGAACUGUCAGCUUUCUGACUGGUCUCCAUGGUCUGAGUGUUCCCAAACAUGUGGCCUUACAGGAAAGAUGAUACGAAGAAGAAUAGUAAAUCAGCCUUUCCAGGGUGAUGGGAGACCUUGUCCAUCUCAGAUAGAGCAAUUCAAACCCUGCCCGGUAAAACCUUGUUAUCGGUGGCAGUAUGGCCAUUGGGCUGAAUGCAAAGUUGAGGAUGCUCAGUGUGGAGAGGGGACAAGAGUCAGGAACAUUUCGUGUGUGGUCUAUGAUGGAUCCACUGAAGAUGUUGGCAAAAUAGUAGAUGAGGAAUUCUGUGGAGAAAUUGAGCCUAUUAUUGAUGGCAAUAAGAAGAUGGUACUUGAGGAAACCUGCACCCUUCCUUGUCCAGGUGAUUGUUACUUGAAAGAGUGGUCAGAAUGGAGCCUUUGUCAGCUGACCUGCGUUAAUGGAGAAGAUCUUGGCUUUGGAGGGAUACAAGUCCGAUCCCGGGCAGUGAUCAUUCAGGAAUUAGAGAACCAACACCUCUGUCCAGAACAGGCUUUGGAAACAAGAUCAUGUAACAAUGGUCAGUGUCACGAAUACAAGUGGAUGGCUAGCCCCUGGAAGGGAUCUUCUCGGACAGUAUGGUGCCAAAGAUCAGAUGGUUUAAAUGUUACAGGGGGCUGUUUAGUGAUGCGCCAACCAGAUGCUGACAGGUCAUGUAACCCACCGUGCAGUCAAUCCCAUUCUUACUGUAGCGAGACUAGAACGUGUGGUUGUGAAGAAGGGUACACUGAAGUAAUGUCCUCUGAUGGCACACUCCAGGAGUGCACACUCAUCCCUGUGGUAGCGAUCCCCACAAUGGAGGACAAAAAAGGAGAUGUGAAAACCAGUCGAGCUGUGAAUCCUACCCAGCCAUCCAGUAACCAGUCAGGACGAGGAAGGACCUGGUUUCUGCAGCCUUUCGGGCCAGAUGGGAAGCUGAAGACUUGGGUUUAUGGCGUAGCUGCUGGUGCAUUUGUUUUACUCAUCUUUAUUGUUUCUAUGAUCUAUCUAGCCUGCAAAAAGCCAAAGAAACCCCAGAGAAGGCAGAACAAUCGGCUGAAACCUUUAACACUGGCUUAUGACGGAGAUGCAGAUAUGUAAAAUAUAACUUUUCAUUGCAGCAACUGGAUUCUACAUUACUGUGUUGAAAUCAGAGGGUGUCCAAAGGCACAGGGGCAUGCUACAGAGUGGAUUUUAGGCGGUUUUUGUUUUUGUUUUGUUUAAGAACUGCACCAUAAAACAAAGAAGAAUGGCUUUCAUAAGGCCCAUGGAUAUUCAAGGCAUUAUUGCUUUAUUCUAAACCAUGAGCACAGAGAAUUCUGGCAGAUUGGAAACAUUAAUGUGGUUUUUUGAAACUGUCAAAACCACCUCAGUCUCCAUACCACUGUGGCUCACUUAAUAUUCACAGUUGAGAGCCCUGAUGCCAGACUUACCUUCACCAUUAACCAAGUAUAAUCACUGAGCAUGAAGAGUUUGUACCAAGCUAUCUAUAACUCUUUAUAUUCAAGCAUAACCUAUAUACUCAGUUGAAGCAUAUGUAUUAUUCUCUCAAAUUAUAUACUUGUUAAAGAGCAUUUUAGUGCUUAAUAAGCUGUUAACUGAGAAGAUUGAACAAGUUCAGCAUCUUGGAAAUUGUGUAGCUUGUGUUAACCUGCAUUUCAGAGAGCAAAGAUUCUCUUGCAAGACUGUUCUAUUAUUACUCCAAAGUAUCAAUGCCUCAUAUACACAAGUAUCUAGGAAGGAAAUAUCCUCAGAUUCAGUAUUUUAUAGUGGUUACUGUCUGGAAAAAUGAAUACCUGGUGUAAAUAUUACAAUAUGUUUCUACUUUCUCUAACUCUCAAACUGUUGCCUGCAUCUUUUUUGCUACAUGUUAGGCAAAUUUUUGCACUAUAUUAGUGCAGCAUGAUAUGCACUUAACUAGUAUUGCCAUAGAAACUGCCUCUUUUCAAAAAGAAUGAUGAUGCAGCUUGUGCCAGGAGCGUCAAGCGGGCAUUUCAGUUCUUGAAUCCUGAAGAGAGUAGAGUUCAGCUUGGACUGUGACUGGAUGGAAUCAGCUAAUACAUGUACUGUAUACACUGUUUCUCAUCAUAGCAGCCAUUUUGUAGUCUAUAUUGUGGCAGUAAUAUAAGUGUCUAGUUUUUUGCCCAUCUACUUAUACAAAUGUAGAUUCUCCGGUUGGUUUCUAAUUGUACUUUGAAGGCUGUUUAUGACUAGAUUUUUUAUAUUUGUUAACUUUGUUAAAAAAAGAAAGAAAGAAAGAAAAGUGGUUGCCCUCUCAUCUUGAGUAAAAUAUUCUGAUUGUUUGUUCAGCUAAAAGAAGAAAAUGUGUUGCUUAUUUUUCCUCUCCCUAGCAAAAUAAUUGCCAUUGUAGCUGCCAAUGUAAAACUUUCCCUUUAGUUAGGAUAACUGGAUGUAAUCUUUACUUUUAAUCAUUCAGCUAAACUCUUAAAAGUACUGGUUAAUGAAGGGUAUCAAAAUAUUUGCCUCCCUAAACAGUCAGAUAACUUUUUCUUAACUCUGGUAGUAUAACAGUUAAUUGCCACUCAUUUCUUUCCAUCUUUUUAAUCUCGUCCAUCCCUAUAGCUUUUCAUUGUUAUGCUUCCCAAAUGAAGCAUGUUGUGCUACCAUUGUAUCUACACCUGUCACAGACAUGACUCAUGACCUGAGAGGGCUUACUCUACCAGAAUGGCUUCUAGAAAUGUGGCCUAAAAGAAAAA